AAGUACCUCUGCCAGCGCGUCGGCUGCGACGCCGUCUACGACGCGAGCGAGAACGCGGCGGGGAGCUGCAGGCAUCACCCCGGCGCGCCGACGUUCCACGACGGCACGAAGCGAUGGUCGUGCUGCGGGAAGAGCUCGCACGACUUCGGCGAGUUCAUGUCGUUCCCGGGGUGCGCGACGGGAAGGCACACGCAGAGGAAGCCGAAGAAGACGCGCGCGCCGCCCGCGCCCGCGCCCGCGCUCGCUCCGAUCCCGAUGCCGACGUCCGCGGAGGCGAGAGCGGGGGCGGCGGCGUCGCCCGCGGCGUCGCCCGCGGCGGCGUGCGCGCGAUGCCGGCAGGGAUUCUUCUGCAGCGACCACGCCGCGAGCGCGGAGGCGCAGGCGGCGUACGUCGCGCCGACGAUCAAACCGCCCUCUAACCCCGCGGCGGAUACCGUCGUGUGCGCAGACCCAGACGCGGUGCAGAUCUGUCGGAACAAAGGCUGCGGCGAGAGCUACCGCGAGCGCGACAACGCGGACGACGCGUGUUUGCAUCAUCCGGGGCCGCCGAUAUUCCACGAGCGCAAGAAAGGGUGGGCGUGCUGCGACGUGAUGUGCUACGACUUCGACGAGUUCAUGAGCGUGAAGCCGUGCGCGCGGGGGAGGCACUGCGCGGCGCCGGAG